AUGGAAAGGAUAGAGGACAGCUUAGAUGCGUAUGCAGUCAGCUGUGGGGAUUCAGGUUGGCCCCGUAGAGGAGACACGCAUCAGGGAAACUUGUACACCGGACACACAGUUGCGGCCAAGAUGAAAUGCAGCAUGAUGGUUGGAGCAUUACAUUUUGUAGCUGGGUGGACACCUAAUCAGCCGCCGGAUACGGACGAGUCGCAAAAUGAUAAGGAAAUGAAGGCCAUUAUGAGGUGUAUGGUGGCCAAUGUUUUUGCGUAUAUAUUGGCUGAAAUAACGUGUCCAUAUGAGUGGCCAGCAAUAGAUCAAGCUUGGAAGAUAAUGAAGGAGCUUGCAGUGGGCACGCGAGACACCUCUAAUCCGCUUUACACCGGCCAAUGUACGCAAGAUAUAUAUAAGGAUUUUAAAAUAGGGAAAGGGAACUUACAGGAAGCGGUAAGAAAAUGGUUAAAGCAAAGUACAACGAUAAGCGCUCGUAUAAACGAAAUAAAGAAGAACCCACAGUGUACAAUGAAGUGGGAAAUGUACAAGAACAGUAUGCAAAAGAGAGGGGAACAGGCAAAAAUUUCCAGUAUAUUUCAGAAGGAGGAUCUGCAGGGAUUAGUGGAGGAACAGAUAAAAGAAGUGUUUAAGAGAAUUACCAAAAAAGUAAGCACACAGGUGCAGAAGGCGCGCCAGCGGGAACAGGGUUACGAGGACUCUACGAAUAGUGAUGUUGACUCUGCGAAAGAUGAGGACGUCGACGAUGAUGAUGAUGCCAACCAUGAGGAUGCAGAACAGGCGGACGCGAAUGCGAAGAAGAAAGAAGCUCCACCGGCUAAAGUUCCAGAAGCUUCACCACCGAAGAAACCAGAGGCUCCACCAGCUCAGGUACCAGAGGUACCAAAGGCGGGUGUUCCUGAGGACACAGAUAAGAACAAACCACCAGAGGCAGGGAGUGGAACAGAUGGAAGAGGACGCUCCGAGGACCCACCAGCUGGACCGGAUGCACAGGCACCAUCCGUAGCACAAGGAGGCAGGUCUGACACACCACCAGCGGAUGCCGCACCAACAACAUCGGCAGGCACGGGACAAGGAACACAGACAGAAACCACACCACCAGGACCGGGUCCGGGACCUGGACCUGGACAACAACCCCCACCUCCACCACCAUCACGGGCAGCAUCACCAGAACAGGGAACAGUGGCAACAACAACGGACACAGCAGCAGAGAAGACAGCAGGAAAAUCGAAGGAUGACACAGGUGAGGAAGAGUGUACGGACGAGAAAUCCAGUUCUUCAGCCUCUGGUGCACAGACACAUGAAGGAUCCCUCGUUAGUGUCACGAGCGUUCCCUAUUCCUAUCCCGGUGAAGCCUCAUGUGAAAUACUUAAGACCAUCAGGCAGCAGGAGAGAGCGACAUCUUCCACAGGCCAUGACGUCGUUGACGGCGGCAACGAUGACCCCCCUCCUCUCAAUCCACCCAAACCAAAACCGAACCCAAACCCAGAUCAAUCCGGUAGUAGCGGCGACGACGGAGGCGCCGACCAGUCCUCAGGAGGUGGUGCACAUGGUGUUUCUGGUGGGGAAGGAAAGGGAGGUGAGGAUGGUCAAAAGGAUGGUGGAGCAGGUGGUGCAGUUGGUGGUGGUACGGGUGGUAGUAGUGGUGUUAAUGGUGGUGUUAGUGGUGGUGGUACUGGCCGUGGUGCAGGUGCUGCAGUUGGUGGAGCAGGUGGUUCCCCUCCUUCCGGUGGUCCAAGUAAAGGAGCUAAUGACCAACCUCUUCCUACCCCACCCCCUCCGUCGAAACCAUUCAACCCCAAGGAUCUCAUCCCCUACACCCCCGCGAUCAUUCCCGCGGUGGUUGGUAUCGGGAUCAUUGCGUUCUUCCUAUGGAAGUAUUUUGCGUACCUCGGAACAAACAGACGACGAACAUAUCGAACCGUUCGUGACGUGCCGUCACCGCCACUCGACGAAGAAAUAUUGGCGCAUCUACAACGCGGCGACCUGCCGCCACCCGAUUACGGGUACACCAUGGUUAGGGACACGCCACCUUCGUCCGCUGCCGAACGACGCGGACAACGCCCACCGCGCGUGCAUACGCGCACGAUCAUCGAGCUACAUUUAGAAGUGCUCAACGAAUGUGAAGCAACCGAGUGGGAAAACGUCAAAGACGACUAUUUGCAAAUACUCGUUGAAGAGUUUAUGGGGGGCCCCAACGGACAUAGUAGUUGCCCCGAUGCUCCUAGCACAAACCAGGAUUUAUCAGGGAACACUCUUUCAGCCAACGUGCACCCACCCACUGACACCGCUGUAACGGAUGCAUGUCCACCACAUGACCCCGAUCCAUGGCGUUGUAUGGACGCUAUACAGUUCGCCACGGACCCUUCUGCUUCUAACGACGAGGACUCCGAUCCAUGGAGCUGUAUGGAAACUAUACCGUUAGCAACGGACACUUCUCCACCUAAUGACCCCGAUCCAUGGAGUUGUAUGGAAACUAUACAGUUAGAUGCACAACAGAAUGCUCAUUCCAACCACAGGGAGGCGACGUCGGACUGCACCACAUGGAUUAACUGGAUUCACCGCAACAAGCAUCUAUUGCGGGCGUGCACGACGCAGCCGUGGUUUUUGCAAUUGAAAUCGGAUUGGAAACAAUAUUAUCAACAACAUGCGACAGACGACGUAUCCGGCAACAGUGAACUCAGUGACCAAAGACGUAUUGGAUGUGUGGAAAUGAAAAAAGAUGCCUGGAAACAGUGGGUCCAACAGCAACAUCGGCAAAUGCGUAUGUAUGGCCAGGAGGAGUGGUUCCAGCAUUUGUUGAAUAGUGUAGAGGAAGAGACAGUAACGGCAACAGGCGAAAGCCCUGGAGUGGAAACAUUAAUGGGAAAAGAAGAUGUGCUACGAGUGACAGAUGCACCACGGACGCAACCACUGCAUCCGCAACCUUACAUGAAAAAACGGUUAACCGCUAAAAUAUGGAUACUGAUCCUCGCAUUAGUCAUAGAACAGUGCGAAGUCGAACGCAGUUUGCAGGAGAAGGAGUUAUAUGUGGAUGCCCUAUUGGAGCAACUGUGA